AUGAAGGUGUUCAUCCUAUUAGCCAUUUUUGGCCUGGCUUCUGCCCUUGUCCACCAACACAAGAUCCAAUGGAGAGAAUCCAGGAAGAUGGAGUUGCUCCGUAGUGGAGAGUACGCUGCUUAUGUGGAAUAUCAAGAGAAAAUACGCCCGUCCUCCCCAAAAAUGCUGGCCAGUCUUCCACAAAAAGUCAACGACUUUGGAGAUUACGAGUACCUCGGAAACAUUACCAUUGGUACUCCAGACCAGAGCUUCAUUGUUGUGUUGGAUACCGGAUCGGCGAAUUUGUGGAUUCCAGGACCCACUUGCACAACUAAUUGCAAUAAGAAGAGCAAAUUCGAUUCUACCAAAUCUAGUACUUUUGUUAAGAAUGGACAGUCUUGGGUGAUCCGGUACGAGUCUGGAGAUGCUGCGGGUAUUCUUGGAGAGGAUACUGUCAGAUUCGGAGCCAAGGGUGAAUCCCAACUUGCUAUCCCAUCAACCACCUUUGGAAUAGCUAGCAAAAUAUCUGCUGAUUUCAAACAAGAUGCUACUGAUGGAAUCCUUGGACUUGCCUUCACCUCUCUCGCUGUCGACGGAGUGGUUCCACCCCUUAUCAACGCUAUCAACCAAGGAAUCCUCGAUCAGCCACUAUUCACUGUCUUCCUUGAGCACAGAGGAGCCCUCAACAACGUCGGAGGAGGAGUCUUCACCUAUGGAGCCAUUGAUAACACUAACUGUGGACCAGUCGUCGGAUACCAGCCACUCUCUUCUGCCACUUACUACCAAUUCAAGGCUGCUGGAUUCAAGCUUGGAUCUUACUCUAGCAGCAAGGCCGCUGAAGUCAUCUCCGAUACAGGAACCUCUUUCCUCGGAGGACCAACAAGUGUUGUCGACGGACUUGCCAAGGCAGCUGGUGCCAAGUACGUUGCUCUUGAGGGCGUCUACACUAUCAAUUGUAAUGCGCAACCAGGAACUCUUGAUAUCACCAUUGGAUCCAAUGUCUAUUCUAUUCAACCUGUCAACUACAUAGUUAGCAUUGGAAACGGAAAGUGCGUGUUCGCCGUCUUCAGGUUCGACUCUGGUGGAUUUGGACCAGCUUGGAUUCUUGGAGAUCCUUUCAUCAGACAGUUCUGUAAUAUCUAUGAUAUUGGAGGAAAGAGAAUGGGAUUCGCUCCAUCUCUUCAAAAGUAA